AUUCCAGUCCAACCACUAUCACUAUCAAUACCACUACAUUUCUCCAUAUCAGUGUUGUUGAACCCGGAGACACAGCACAGUCCAAUGUACUUAGCUCUUACAGACAGCAGCCUCGAGUCGGAGCAAUGUCUGGAAGUAUAAAAGCCUUCUCAAUAAACUACAACCCGGUUAACGAAAGUAACACGUUUACAAAUGGCGAUAUUCUUCAGGGGACAAUUGUUCUGCAAGUCAGCAAAGAGGUCAAAAUUGACAAACUUUUUGUAAAGUGUAAAGGGGACGCGAAUGUUCACUGGACCGAAUCAAACGGCACCGAUAACGACGACUCCUACAACGCUCAUGAGAGAUACUUCAAACUCAAACAGAUCUUAAUUUGGGACAACUCUAAGAUGGAACAAAAUGGAGACAUACUUGUAAGACAUGGGGAGACAUACAAGAAUUUGGUUAUGCCAGGACACCAUGCCUUUCCGUUUUCAUUUCAGCUUCCUCGUGGGAACACACCAUCAUCUUUUAAAGGAUCCCACGGAUCAAUUACAUAUGCUCUUCAGGCCAGACUGAGUAGAUCAUGGAAGAUCCCUCAAACUGUAACGAAGGAAUUCACCUUUGUGUCAACCUUUCAUGGAAAUGGUGCUCAUUUAAUGAGACCACUUUCUGGGUCCGUAGACAAAAAGCUGAAACUUUUCACCUCUGGAAGUGUCUCAAUCAGAGCAACUACUGACAAAGAGGGCUACAUGCAAGGUGAGAGAAUCAAGGUUGAAACCCUUAUUGAAAACUCUUCAUCUCGUGCUCUGAAGCUAAAAUUUAAACUUGAACAAAACCAGACGUUCAUCGCCAAAUCUCGACAUAAACAUGCAGCAAAAGUUAUUUUCAAAGCUGUGGAAGAUCCCAUUCCACCUAGAUCUAAGAAAACAUUCACCAGUAGGCUGAAGAUCCCUUCGAACUUGGACCAAACAAUCACAGACUGUAACAUUAUUAAAGUGGAGUACAUGCUCAAGGUGUAUUUGGAUGUUCCUUAUGCUAGAGAUCCAGAAAUUAUAUUUCCAGUGGUGAUUAUCCCAGCAGGCCAAUACAGCUUUCCACAGCCAAACCAAGUAGAUUCCUAUGCCAGUCAGAACAGACGGGAAUCAAUAGGCACAGGUUCUGCAUUCCAGCCAGCAUUUGUUGCCUUCCCCCCUGUUCCUGCUGCUACUGCCUUUGGACCAGCUCCUAAUGUAUACCCAAGUGUAUACACUCAGCCAGCCAAUCCAGUGGAACCACCACCUUCUUAUACAGACAUCUUUCCAGACUCAAAUCCAUCAGCAUCAGGAUUCAACCCAUCUCUAUUACCCUUCAGUCCGCCACCAUACACCACUAUGGGUUCUUCACCUGCCCCUCACCACCAUACACCAGAGUGUCCAACACCAGAGUGUCCAGGCGCUGCAGGAUACUGGCAAAGUCCAGCAAAUCCAGAUUUUUAUCCUACUAAAUAGACUGAAUAAUCAGAACAGCGUUCACCACAAUCACCAUUUUCAGUGCAAUACAAAAUGAUAUUGAACCAAAUUGUCAUGGUUGAUAUGUCAGUGCUUUUUUUUUUUGGUUAGGGGAAAAUGUUUACUACUGUUGACAUUUACUUUCUUUAUAUUUUUCAUGCAGAGAACUAUAUUUUUUCUACAUUUUGUUUGAUUUUAUAAACCAAAAUCAAGUAUAUUCAUAGAGUUCAAUCAUAUAUACGUGUGUGAGUGUGUGAGUGUGUGUAUACCAAAAUAAAAGCAGAUGAAAAUAACAGUGAGAAAAAAAAAAUAAUAGCCUAAACUAAUAAUAUACAGUCUGUUGGGGGAUAAAUAACGCUGCAACCAGUCACUCUUUAUACACAUGUAAUAAUAGGUUACCUUAAAUAUACAAUCAAUCAGAUUCUCUAUCUAUAUUGAUUAAUGUUUAAGAUCAAUUAUGGUUUUACAUGUCUGAUCCCAAUGUUAAAUUAUUGUGAUUAUAGCCUUGUUCAAGAUGGGCAAUAUCUAUUAAUUAGGAUAACCACAGAUGUUUUGGCAGACUUUUAGGUGGGAACCCUGAGCAAACUAUAGCUUUCUUUGCCGCUGUAAACCCUGAUAUUGGAAGCUUUCUUUGGUAUAGUUGUAAUGGAAUUAUAGAGUGAUCAUUAAAUAGAAAUAAAGAUGGGUUAGCCUCCACUGUUAAACCCAA